CGCGCCGCGCAACUGGGAGCCCGGGCUGCUGUGAUUGAAAAAGGGCGACUUGGAGGCACUUGCGUGAAUGUUGGGUGUGUACCUAAAAAGAUUUGAAACAGCUGCAACAAAGUUGAUACAUGGGGAUUGUCUAUUCUGUCCUUUUGGAACUCCUGUUAUCCUGUGUCCAGUGCUGGAUGAUGCCUUUCAUUCUUUUGGCUGCUUAAACAUACAAUUUUUAAAUUUUAAAAAAUGUCCCCAAACUGUAUUUACCAAUAUAAACAAGAUAUCGAUCUUACAGACCAGAAGUAGGGAAGGUGAUGUGGAACACUGCUGUCCAUUCUGAAUUCAUCCAUGAUCAUAUGGAUUAUGGUUUUAAAACAGCUGAUGUGAAGUUUAAUUGGAAAAUAAUUAAAGAAAAGCGUGAUGCUUAUGUGAAGAAACUGAAUGAGAUCUAUCAAAAUAAUUUGAAUAAGGACCACGUGGAAACCAUUCGUGGGCAUGCAACAUUCACAGCUGACCCUGAACCUACAAUUGAAGUUGAUGGCAAAAAAUAUAGGGCACCUCAUAUACUGAUCGCUACUGGUGGACGGCCUGUAAUUCCCAGUGAAAGUGAAAUACCAGGAGCAAAUUUGGGAAUCUCUAGUGAUGGCUUCUUUGAACUUGAAGAGUUGCCCAAGCGAAGUGUUAUUGUUGGUGCUGGAUAUAUAGCUGUUGAAUUAGCUGGUAUUCUUUCUGCAUUAGGCUCCAAGACAUCCUUAUUGAUACGUUAUAAUGAGGUGCUGAGAAAUUUUGAUUCUAUGAUCAGUUCAAAUUGUACUCAGGAAUUGGAACGUAAUGGAGUAGAAGUCUGGAAACAUUGCAAGAUUCAAUCAGUUACAAAAUCAGCUUCAGGGCUCUUGGCAAUAGCGGUUACAUCCUAUUUUCCUAAUCAAAAACCCACUGUGAACACCAUUGAGAAUGUUGAUUGUCUCUUGUGGGCCAUUGGUAGAGAGCCCAAUACUGAGGAUCUAAACCUUGACCAAUUGAAUAUUAAGGUAGACAAAGCAGGCCAUAUUACUGUUGAUGAGUUCCAAAAUACCAGCAAAAAGGGAAUCUAUGCUGUUGGAGAUGUAUGUGGGAAAGCACUCCUUACACCAGUUGCAAUUGCGGCUGGAAGAAAACUGGCACAUAGGCUUUUUGAAAAUAAAAAGGAUUUUAAAUUGGACUAUACCAACAUUCCAACUGUGGUUUUCAGUCACCCACCUAUUGGAACAGUGGGACUAACAGAAGCGGAAGCCGUGAAUGCAUAUGGAAAAGAGAAUGUGAAAAUUUAUAUAACUUCUUUUGUCCCCAUGUACCAUGCAAUAACAGAAAGGAAAACAAAAUGUGUGAUGAAAUUGGUCUGUGCCACUAAACAAGAAAAAGUGGUAGGACUUCAUAUGCAAGGUUUGGGGUGUGAUGAAAUGCUCCAAGGUUUUGCAGUAGCUGUCAAAAUGGGAGCAACAAAAGCUGACUUUGAUCAGACGGUGGCUAUUCAUCCAACUUCUUCAGAAGAAUUUGUUACUCUUCGUUAAGCUUCGUUAAGGCUUUCCCUAUGGUGAAUUAAGUACUUUUUUUUUUACACAAAAUUGUGCAAUUCAAGAGAAGCCUUCAUUCUGCUGUAAUAAAUUUAUACACAUGGAUGUAAUUUAUAUUACUUGAAAUCAAUAAUUUUGGAUUUUAAAAAAUGUCCUUUUUCAGCUUGAUUCCUUGUGACCUUUUGGACAUAUUCAUAGUGACUUUGGCAUCUAUAUAGACGUGAUCUUUCAUUGCUUUCUGGCAUGUUGUUUUCAGGUUCCCAGUGUAGCCUGCUUUAGUUUUUCCUAGUGGUCUCCUAUCCAGGUACUGGCCAAUCCUAACCCUAGUUAGCCUCUGAGCAGAGACAAAAGUAGUAAGAUGCUACCAUCUGUUGAGACUGCAAUAAUAAAAUGUGCUAAAAAGACAAACAAAUUAUCAUAUAAGCCCAAAGAGGAAAUAAAAUCUAAGAGUAGAGAAGAAAAAAAAACCCAUUUUGGGCUAUAGAGAAACAAAUGGAGGAAGUACUGCAACCAUAAACACUAUAGUAAUUAGUAUUUUGGUUUAUUGAGCCUUGGAUUAUGAAAGAUGCCAUUUCCUGCCUAUUGGGAAAUGUAACCCAUGUAGACGUUAGCCCACAAGAGUUUAGUAAGAGCACUACUUUACUAUUUACUAAUCCAUAUUCUGGAAAACCGCAAACAUUGUUUAUGUUAUCCCCCUAUAAAUUAAAAAAUUAAAAUCCAA